CGGCUGCUGCCACCGCAAUCCCGGCUCCUAAAUCAGCGCGGGGAGGCGCCCCCUCCCCCCACCGGCUCCCCGGGCUCCCCCGGCCGCGAUUGGCCGCGCGGGCGCCCCCCACCCCCGGGCCCCCGGCUCCAGCCGCCGCGCCAUUGGCUGCGGGUCUCCGCCAGCCUUUACAUAAGCCCGGGCGCGCUCGAGUGGAGUUGUAUAAAGCGGGCGAGCGGCGUCGGGGCGGGAGGCUCGAGGCCAGCCCGGGACCGGACUGGGCGCGGAAGGCGGCGGCGCAGAGCCGGCACGAGCCCCGCGCUCCCACGCCCCCCGGCGGCGGGGCCGAGAGCGGGACGAUGACUCCGAGCGCCGACCCCGGCGUGUCCAGGAUGUUACUGUUCCUGCUGCUGCUGUGGUUUCUGCACACCACUGAAGGGUCCCAGCGGGCUGAGCCCAUGUUUACUGCAGUCACCAACUCAGUUCUGCCCCCUGACUACGACAGCAACCCCACCCAGCUCAACUAUGGUGUGGCAGUUACUGAUGUGGACCACGAUGGGGACUUCGAGAUCGUUGUGGCUGGGUACAAUGGUCCCAACCUGGUUCUGAAGUACGACCGGGCCCAGAAGCGGUUGGUGAACAUCGCUGUUGAUGAGCGCAGCUCGCCCUACUAUGCGCUACGGGACAGGCAGGGCUAUGCCAUUGGGGUCACAGCCUGUGACAUCGACGGGGAUGGCCGGGAGGAGAUCUACUUCCUCAACACCAAUAAUGCCUUCUCAGGGGUGGCCACUUACUCGGACAAGUUGUUCAAAUUCCGCAAUAACCGGUGGGAAGACAUCCUGAGCGACGAGGUCAAUGUGGCCCGAGGCGUGGCCAGCCUCUUUGCCGGGCGCUCUGUGGCCUGUGUGGACAGGACGGGCUCCGGGCGCUACUCCAUCUACAUCGCCAAUUAUGCCUACGGUAAUGUGGGCCCUGAUGCCCUCAUUGAAAUGGACCCCGAGGCCAGUGACCUCUCCAGGGGCAUCCUGGCACUUAGGGAUGUGGCUGCUGAGGCUGGGGUCAACAAAUAUACAGGGGGCCGGGGUGUCAGCGUGGGCCCCAUCCUCAGCAACAGCGCCUCGGACAUCUUUUGCGACAAUGAGAAUGGGCCCAACUUCCUCUUCCACAACCGAGGUGAUGGCACCUUUGUGGAUGCUGCAGCCAGUGCUGGUGUGGACGAUCCCCACCAGCACGGCCGAGGUGUCGCCCUAGCUGACUUCAACCGGGACGGCAAAGUCGACAUCGUGUAUGGCAACUGGAAUGGCCCCCACCGGCUCUACCUGCAGAUGAGCGCCCAUGGGAAGGUCCACUUUCGGGACAUCGCCUCACCCAAGUUCUCCAUGCCCUCGCCUGUCCGCACAGUCAUCGCUGCUGACUUUGACAACGACCAGGAGCUGGAGAUCUUCUUCAACAACUUCGCCCACCGCAGUUCCUCAGCCAACCGCCUCUUCCGCGUCAUCCGCAGGGAGCAUGGCGACCCCCUCAUUGAGGAACUGAAUCCUGGCGAUGCGUUGGAGCCUGAGGGCCGGGGCACAGGGGGCGUGGUGACGGACUUCGAUGGAGACGGGAUGCUGGACCUCAUCUUGUCCCAUGGGGAGUCCAUGGCUCAGCCGCUGUCUGUCUUCCGGGGUAACCAGGGCUUCAGCAACAACUGGCUGCGAGUGGUACCGCGGACCCGAUUUGGGGCCUUCGCCAGAGGGGCGAAGGUCGUGCUGUACACCAAGAAGAGUGGGGCCCACCUGAGGAUCAUCGACGGGGGCUCGGGGUACCUGUGUGAGAUGGAGCCUGUGGCCCACUUUGGCUUGGGGAAGGAUGAAGCCAGCAGCGUGGAAGUGACAUGGCCGGAUGGCAAGAUAGCGAGCCAGAGCGUGACCAGUGAGGAGAUGAAUUCAGUCCUGGAAAUCCCCUACCCCCAGGAUGAGAACAAAUCUCAGGGCCCAUCCCCACUUGAGUGUGGUCAAGGAUUCUCUCAGCAGGAAAACGGUCACUGCACAGACACUAACGAAUGCAUCCAGUUCCCCUUCGUGUGCCCUCGCGACAAGCCCGUUUGUGUGAACACAUAUGGAAGCUACAGGUGCCGGACCAACAAGAGGUGCAGUCGGGGCUACGAGCCCAAUGAGGACGGCACGGCCUGUGUGGCUCAAGUGGCCUUUUUAGGUAGGUAUCCUUCUGCCGCCUUUAGAAUCUCUGAGCCUCUCUCUCGGGCCUUAUAUCUUUCUCUAGGCCUUGGACUUUGCCUUCAGUUAUAUGCACUUUAAAUCCUGUCAAUAAAGGAAAAAAACAACUAACAACCUUUGUGGAAAACUAAAUCUCUCCUGCUGCCUGUCUCUCUCUCCAUGCCCAGUCGAUUCUGCCGCGUGCUCCCUCUGAAUGGACAGCAGGGUGGCCAUCUUUGAAAAGGGAAGUUUGGGAGAUACUGCUAUUUGUGUAAACUUAGUUGUUUGUGAAGGCUUUCUUUGCAUGUUUUCUGAGAAAACAGAAAAGGAAAGUCUCUAUACCCCAUCCAACCUCCCUCAGUCCUUCAGAAGAAUCUAAAUACUCCUGGCUUUUCUGUAUCCUUCAGUGUUGAGAGUGUCUUAUUUUGCCCUUAACAAAGAUGGCUUGCUCAGUUGAUUUUAUAAUGUAUCCUGUGCCUGCUGGUUUGGCCUGUGCUGUUUCUGUUCUGUGCACCCUGACUUCCUUUGGCAGAGAAAGCCGUAUUUGGGGUUGGUGGUGAUGAUGGGAGGGUGAAAGGGUAGCCCUUUGGGACUCUUGAUAAAAAUAUUAAAGUUUGAACUUGCUAAGUCUUCCAGCCUCUUUCUGGAGAAAUUAUGCCAACAAAUUCUCUGCUGGAUGUUAGUGGCUAGCUGGUGAAAACAAGUACCUGGAGCAAGUAGGUGCUGGUUGAGAUGCUGACCUAGCAGCAGCCCUUCC